UCAGAACAUCACACAGUCUUCUCUUUCUCAUUUACAAAGCUACCUCAAUUCUCAAUUUACUCAAACACUCAUAGUAAACCACUGCAUUACAUCACACAAUGUCCACCUCCACUUUCUUCGUCUGUGGUGCUACUGGCACCCAAGGCGGCGCCGUGAUCAACCACCUUCUCAAAGCCGGCGCCAAAGUCCACGCCAUAGCCCGCAACCUCAAUACUCCAGCGGCCCAAAGCCUCCAAUCCCGCGGGGUACAUCUCACACAAGGCGACUUCACCGACCCCGACACCUUCAAACAAAGCAUGAAGGGCUGCACAGCGCUCUUCCUCAACCUAAUGCCAGACCUACGAGUCCCAAACAGCGAAGUCCACCAGGCCGAGAACAUUCUAUCCGCUGCUAAAGAAGCGGGCAUCAAACAUGUCAUCUACUGCAGCGGGUUCUCCGUCGACGAACCCCAACGACUAAAGCACUGGGACCCGCACAGUUUCGUGGCGAAGAUUCUCCUCAACAAACAAACGGUCGAGAAUAAAGUGAGAAAGGCUGGAUUCGAGUACUGGACUAUCUUACGACCUGGAAACUUCAUGUCGAAUUUCCUGCAGCCCCUUGUCCAAAUGUAUCCCGGCUUUGUCGAGACCGGCGUCUGGACUACGGCUCUGCUGCCUGAGACGAAACUCGCCAUGGUGGAUCCCAAUGAUAUCGGAGCCUUUGGAGCAGCGGCACUGUUUGAUCCUGUCAGGUUUCAUGAGAAGGAGAUCGAGAUUGCUUCCGAGCUUAGACAAGUGGAAGAUAUAACGCAGGCGUUGGCGCGUGCGACCGGGAGGAAUCUCAAAGUGGUUUUCAUGUCGCAGGAAGAGAUUGAAAAGCAAGCUGCGCAGAAUCCGUUUAUCGGGGGCCAGCUGUUGAUGCGUGGUAUGGCGGAUAUUGUAGACUUGGAGCGGGUGAGAGCUUGGAAGUUGCCUAUGGGGACGUUUGAGGAGUUCUUGGAAAGGGAGAAGGAGGCGAUUAAUGCAACUUGGUCUGUUUAGGUGAAUUGAUCUGUUACUUCGGUUCAUCUUUGGACUGUUUUUAUGUUGGCUUUACCUUUCUUGUCGUCUUAGCUUUGUGAAUAAUAUAUCAUGUUUUUAUCAGAAAGCAUCUUCAAAUUUACGUCAAUGAUUGUUGCGGCCAUGUAUGUAGGGCUACGAAAGUCCAUGAUCCGCUUUCCCAAUGAGGUUAGCGUAGAUCAAUGGGAGAUGCAGGCGGGAAUGCAAC